AUGCAGUCCGAUGAAGAUGCCACGUCCAUGGAACUUGAGAAAGUUCUAUCUGAAUCAAAUCGUGUAUCUUUUGCUUCAAAACCAAACUUUGCACCCUUGAAGGCUCACGAGUAUCCGAUGGUCAAGUUUAGUUCAGGAAAGUCUCUAUACUACCGCAUCGAUAUACGCCUCUCAAGAAAAGCGUGGAUGGAAAUUUACACUCUUAUAUACGAGCAGAUGAAAAUCGACAUUCAUAUGAAUCUCAAAGCUCGCAAGGUUGAAUUGAAGAUCAGAUCAGACACACCCGACAUCA